AUGUCUGUGAAUCGCUUCGAAUGCAGGUGCAAAGAAAUUGAAAAAAUGUUGCAGAGGUGUAUCGUCAACAACAAAGGAGUUAACAUUUGGGAUGUUUUGAUUUUUCGCAAAGAAGAAGGGUGCAGGAAAAUUCAAUUGAGUUAUGUGCAGAAUAGUAAGCAGCACUGUGAUAAUGGUAGCAGACACCAUGAAAGAAAGAUUGAAAAGCUUUGGGAAGAAGUAAGAGACCUAAGCCUAGGAACCGCCACCACCGGAGUAGAACGCCUCCACUCACCACCAACCCCACUCCAAUUCCUCCGCCACUUCGUCUCCCCAAACAAACCCUGCCUCAUCUCCAACGCCACCCUCCACUGGCCCGCCACCUCCCUCUGGUCCUCCUCCGACGCCCACCUCCUCCGCUCCCUCUCUUCCGCCACCGUCUCCCUCCACCUCACCCCCACCGGCCGCGCCGACUCCCUCUCCCCCUGCGUCGCCUCCGCUUUUAUCUCCUCCAUGCCCUUCCUUUUCGCUCUCCAAUCCAUCUAUUCUUCCGAUUUGGAUUCAAAUUUCGUCGCCCAUGCUCAGCAACAGAACGAUUGCUUUCGAUCCGAGUACUCUGCUCUUGCCGAGGAUUGCGAAUCUCACAUUCCUUGGGCUACAGAAGCCCUAGGUUGCUUCCCUGAGGCUGUGAAUCUCUGGAUUGGAAACCACCUCUUUGAGACUUCCUUCCACAAAGAUCAUUACGAGAAUCUCUAUGCCGUCGUCACCGGAGAGAAGCAUUUUCUUCUCCUUCCGCCUACUGAUGUUCAUCGCAUGUACAUUCGUAACUACCCUGCAGCUCACUACUCCUACCACAAGGAUACUGGAGAGUUCAAAUUGGAGCUUGAGGAUGCAGUGAGGUACGUGCCUUGGUGCUGUGUGGAUCCUUACCCUUCACCGGAGAAUAAAGAGAGAGAAAUGUCAAAAUUUCCUCUGUAUUUUGAUGGACCGAAGCGGUUUGAGGUCACGGUUAAGGCUGGGGAAAUUCUUUACUUGCCAAGUAUGUGGUUUCAUCAUGUUAGACAAAGUCCAAACAGCAGAGGACACACUAUCGCAGUGAACUAUUGGUAUGAUAUGCAGUUCGAUAUAAAAUAUGCUUACUUCAACUUCUUACAAUCAAUUCCUCACCCAUCAUCCCAUGGUCUGACACCGCAUGAAAUGGGAUUUGUUGGAUCAUCCUCAGAUACAUCUAUUUGUUAUUCAGGAGAUGAACCAGAUAUCAAUGCUAUGGAGAAGGUGAAUGUGGCUGAAAACAGAGGUGACAGUGACGAAGAAUGAAUAAUGAUGUGUUAAUGAGGGUGGUUUGAUCUUUGAGGAGCUCUUCGGUGAGAAGAUGCAGUGUAGAACAGAGAAAAGCCAGAACAUCUUCUAUGUUUGCAUCAUUGAAGUUUUGAACAGGUUUUGGGGAAUUUUGCCUGCUGGUUGAAGAUAUGGUGACAGAUCUUUCUCUUAGUAUUCUCAAUAGGUUGGGUCUCUUCAAAUAUUUUUUUGUAGAGUUCUUAUUGUCAGUGGGAGAGACUGCUGCUAAAGUAGGUUCAGUGAACGAGGCUCCAGCUAAAGAAUGGUUUGAGAAGAGCAAGAUGUAGUGAUGUUCUUUGAAGUACCAAAAGUGACAGCUAUGUUUUGAUUGGACAUUGGUGGUUUUAUUUUCACUUUGUGACUUCUAGUUUUGUUUAUUUAUUUUUCUUAAAUGAACCAAACAAAGGAAAAAGAGAGAAUAAUAACAAUACCCGUAUCAGAUUGCUUGGUCUUAGUAAUCACAUAACUCUGUAAUAUCAAUUUUCAAGAAAAUUUAUGAUCAAUGAUUAAA